GCCUCAUCAUCCACGAGGGAUCGUCCGUGUAUCGAAUCUUCAAACGAUGGCAGGCCGUCAAUCAGCAGUGGAAAGUACUGAACUAUGAGAAAUCAAAGGACUUGGGCGACCCGCUGAGCUCCAGCAGCAAGACGGGGGCCCGCGGCUCUCGCGGUAACCCUCACGGUCUGGCCAGCAGCAGCGGGGGGCGACAGAGCAGGAGGUUAAGAACUAUUCUGAACCACCACUGUGGAUACACCAUCUUGCACAUCCUGAGCCAACUGCGGCCCAACGACCCGCGGAUCGGCGCCGCCGCCAACCGGGAGGUGGUGAUGAGGGUCACCACCGUAUGAGUGACGGCACGGACCUCGUCUUUGUGUCCGGAUGUAAAUGAGAGGACAAACUCACGGACCUUAAACAGACUCCGAGUGACGCCACAUUAACAGACGCUUGAGGAUUUCUCCUCUUGUUUCGUAAAGCCAGAUGCUCCUUUUCAAUAAUUAAAGACCUGAUGAGAAUAAGGAUGCAUUCAAAGACAUAAGGAGGAAAAAAAGUGUAAACAGGCUUUAUAACCUAAUCCAAGAUGACGAGACAUUUUUUCCAGUUCAAUAUCAGGAUACACAGAGACAUUUUUCUUUGAUUUGAUCCUCUCGGUUUGAUUUGUAUCUC